GUACGAAUCACGCGAUUCAGACUCUCUUGCGAAUUCAAAGCCCUAUAUUACCCGAAAUCAAUUCCCAAAUGAAUUCCACUUUUCUCCUCCUCCGUUUUCAGAGAAGCAGGAAGCAGAAUCGCCAAUUUCUCCAGAAACUAACGCAACUACAUCUCUCUAUCUGCAACUGCAAUAAUCUAUCUUCAUGGCGUCACAGAUGGUUGGAUCUGCAAACUAUGACGUUUUUAUCAACUUCAGAGGCGAAGACACCCGCAAUAACUUCGUUGGUCACCUGUACGGGGCUCUAACAAAACUUGGAAUCCAUGCUUUUAUUGACAGCAAAGAUCUGCAGAAAGGAGACGAUAUUGGAGAGCUCGACGCAGCAAUAAGAGGCUCCAAGCUUUCAAUCGCUGUCUUCAGUGAAAAAUAUGCAGAAAGCAAAUGGUGCCUCCAGGAGCUAGUUCAAAUGCUGGAAUGUCAUAAGACCAACAAUCAAAUCUUUUUUCCAAUUUUCUUCAAGGUUAAGACAUCUGACGUUAAGAAUCAGUCUGGAUGUUUUACGAUUUCGCAUUGGAGACAUCGCAAGGAGGCGCCUAAAACUCUACGAAGAUGAAAGACGCUUUGCGAGCGGCAGGAGACAAGAGUGGCUGGGUUUUUAACGAUGGGUAAGUCUCAGUACCUAGAAACUACUAUCUUUGUAGUGUUUUCUAUCUUUUCAAGUUUCUACUAUCAUUGUGAAAAAAAAAAAAAAACUUGAGGAAGAGGUUCUCCAA